UACAGAACACGUUGAAGUUAGGUUUUGGUGAAGGCUGCUGAAAGAUUUGCGUCACUUAAGCCAAAAGCCAAGUAUAGGGGCUCGGGCAGGGUGAGGAGCUAGCUUUGCAAGAUGGCGAACGUGAAAAGUCUGAGCGAUCUGAACAAUGAUGAUGAAGAUAAGGGAAAGUUUAAUGACUACUAUGCUGGAGGAGAGAAGAGCGGCCAGCUCCUGCGCGGCGCCCCUGAGGACGAGGAGGAGGAGGAUGAGGAGGACGACGACCAAGUCGGUGCUCUCUUUAAUCGCGCGCGGCAAUCGGGAGCAACUGCCGGCACAUCUGCGGACCUGCCAGGACAGCAGAAAGCCUUCCAAGGCCAGGGCCGUACGCUAGGUGGCGGACCAGUGCCGACGCGCCCCCCUGCUGACGAGGGUCCCCGCAACCACGUAAUUACGUUCUACAACAACAGCAUAUUCACGGUGGACAACGGCCCGCCUCGUCGCGUGGAUGACCCAGCAAACCAGAGCUUCAUCGAGAGCAUUGUCAAGGGCGAGUGUCCGGAGGAGCUGGACCCCGGCAAGCCAGGAGCGCCGGUGACGGUUAACAUGAUGCGCAAGGACGAGCCGUACCUGGAGACCAAGCAGUACUUCACCGGCACGGGCCGCACGCUGGGCGCCGCCUCUGCGGGCGCCUCCACCAGCGCAGCAGCAGCAGCCUCGCGGCCUGCGGACACAGCACCGCCCGGGGAGUGGCAGGGCGUGGACGAGUCCAAACCCACCACCUCCCUACAGCUACGCCUGCCGGACGGGUCACGCAUGGUGGCGCGCUUCAACCACACCCACACCGUGCGUGACAUCCGCCGGUUUGUGCGUGCAUCACGGCCGGAUAUUACGGCUCCAUACCAGCUGAUGACUGCCUUCCCAAACAAGGUAGUCGAGGGCGAGGACCAGACGCUGGAGGCGGCGGGCCUGCUGAACGCAGUCAUCAUCCUUAAGCAUUAGCGGCAGGAAGCACUAGCAUGGUAGUGGUAGGCGAUGGUCUAGCGCGGCGUGCACGGUUACAACGGCUGCAGGGAUGCCGAGGGAUUGCCGUGGUUCGUAACGGAUGAGUUCACCGGCGCUGGCUUUUGGUUACAGGCUAGUUGUAGGUGUUAGGUUACGCACCAGGGAGAGGACUUUUCCUGCUUUAACAGCCGCAUCCCUGCCAGCUGGGGUUGUAGGGUUCAGGUUGGUUGCACUAUGAUUCUGGAAGCAAACAAAUUGAUGGAGUAGGUGCAAAGCGAGGCCCUUACUGCUUCCAUGUGGGAACUGAGUUGGCCUCACGUGCAAACUUGCCACGCGUCAGCCGUCCGACUUUGGCCAUUGAAAAAACAUGCGUAACGGACGCAGACGGUUCAUAGUAUAGAGUAUA